AUGGCUCCGUCCAUGGGCGUCCGCAGCUCCAUCGGAAGCCCGACCACCAGCCCUACGCUUGUGAGACUGGGGGAAGAAAGCGCCGAUGCAGUAAAGCGCCAAGGCCUCGCUGUGCCUUUGACGGAGCUCAGCAGCGCGGAAAUCGGCCACAGCCUUCAGCAAACCUUCACCAGUGACGAAGACUUCGCUGAUUUUCGAGCUCUGAUAGGGCGACUGGAGGAUCAGUACAUACACGAAAUGGUCCUCCUGAGUGACGAGAACAAAUUGUUAAGAUCUGAGAUGGCCAAAGUGCUUGGCACUGGCAGCACCGACACCAAGAAAAUCGCUGGCAUUCGUGGGAUGGAAGCAGGCACGACGACUUGUCAUGGCAAGGAGGGGAGCAUCAACCCAACAUUUGACAUGUCAGCCGCCGACCCCAAGUUUCGUGUUGGACAGGAGGCACAAGAAUCUCGGUCCGCCGAAGGAUCACGAAAUCCACCUUCCUCGGGUCUGCCAGCACAUGCAGAGGAACCUGCAGGCAAGAGCGGAGCGGAUGAGCAGUGCGCAGUUGUCAUGGGCAGCGCCGCCACCACGCAGAUGAUCGCGAAGAUCGAUGCUGAGGUCGAGGCCGCCGUACAGAAGCACGACUGUGCGAGCCGCCUUGAAAGCGAUUUCUACGAAAUCACGAUAGGCAUGCUCAUCAUCGUGAAUUCUGUGAUCAUGGCCAUUGAAUUCGAGUAUCAAGGCUACAUGGUUGGCCACGACCUGGACUACCGGAGAAUGGAGGGGAGCCCUGAUGAGGCCUGGCCACAUGCGGACAGUGCUUUCUAUGCCAUCAAUCUGGGCUUCACGAUUGCUUUUGUUGUUGACAUAGUGCUUCGCCUCAGCUUCCUCCGACUGCGAUUCUUCAAACUAACAUUCAACUGGCUGGACCUUCUUGUCGUCAUCUGCAGCGUCACUGAGAUCCUGUUUCAAGACCUGAUACCGGUUGACACGGUCUUCAUGCGCCUCCUGCGGCUGGGAAAGGUGGCGCGAGCGAUGCGAGUUGUUCGACAUACAGAGGACGCUGGUUUCGGUGCUGCGGUGCGAGAUCUCGUGUUCGGAGAGAGUUUGGAGUGA